AGCAAUGUAAAAAGCAUAUUUGAUGAACUAGUGAAGAUUUUUGCCGUAAAUAUAGUAUUUCCUGUGUAAAACACCCAGUUCUUCUGAAGUAAAAGUUGAAAGAUAUUAUUAUCAUGGGUGCAGAGGAGUCUGUCCCAAUUCCUGCUCCAUCACUGGGGUUUGAGUAUUUUGUUGUUGGGCUGUCCAAGGGAACGUAUCACAAGAUUGUGACAAUUCUUGGCACAGAUAGAGAACGAUCUUUGGUUAGAGAGGCAAUUUGUCAACACUGGGGUAAUGGCAUCGAAUCAGAAUCRACCAAAGUUGAACAAGCACACUCAUUUCGGUUCAAUGGGUCUCCUUUUACCAAAGGGAUAAUAGCCACUCCACAGCUGUCAUCCUCUGGAAGAAAAGUGAUUGCUCAGAUAUUUCAAAAUCUCAACAACUCAGGCUGGGAAUUAAAGAUUACCAGUGAAUUAAGCCGUGAGACUGAUCUCACUACGCUGUACUUUUACCGUAAUCCAGAAAUACCAAGAUCAAUUCAAAGUCCAUUGAUGUGUAUUGCUUUGAUGAGUACUGACAAACUCCUGCUUGUAAGUGURCCCGACAACAUCCAGACAGUUAUCAAAGACGUUAUURUCGGUGAUUGGAAAAGAGGCAUCCAAGGAGAAGAAAAAGUAGAAGAUGGUCUUGAAAUCCAAUUGUGGGGAAAUCCAUGGAAGUCUUAUGGAGAGGAGACCRUACUGGGAAGACUUGUGCUGACAAAAAUCUUCACAGCUCUUGCUCAACAACACUGGCAUUUCCAUGCUACAGUUAACAUGCAGGGCCUGUCAGACAGCUUAUUCUUUAGGUAUGAUCCAGAAGAGAUGCCUCAAAACAUACAACAUUUUAUGAUCUCUUUCCAUGAAGGAGACAAAGUGAGGYUGGUGAAUGCUCCUCAACAAGUGAUUCCUGUKGUGCAGAAAGCAAUUGCCUCUACCUGGACAAAAGGAAUCCAAAAGGAAAAGGAACUGUUUGGCAGCUGGGAGUUCAAGAUGUCUGGAUACCCUUGGUGGGGUCGUGGAAAGGAUUAUGUAGUGCCUCGGUAUGUUGUAUGCAAGAUCCUAGAAGCUUUGCAGGGCCAAGGUUGGAGUGUUGCAGCUUCAAUUGAUAUUUUUAGAGCAAAUCGAGAYAAGACUGUCUUUAUGAUGUCUCCAUCCAAUCACACCGACCCCUCACCUGUCAUGUGCAUGUCAUUUUGUGACAAAGACAAAAUAAGAUUGAUAAAUGCACCACAAGAUAUGGUUGAUGUCUGCCGAAAUGUCUUGACAUCAAAAUGGCACAAGGGUAUCAGUGCAGGAGAAAAGAUUAAGUCAACAUGUACAGCCUUUGAGUUCAAACUGAAUGGACAUGCCUGGCAUGGUGCAGGAAUGCUCAGCCUUCAUAUUCGCAGUGCUCUAUGUUACGUCAUCCAAGCAUUUGAAGCARAAGGCUGGARGUUCCUGGUGUCUGCUGAUGUAUGUUCUAGUUAUGAUGAAAAAGAUGGCGAAGAGUAUCCUGAUGAUGUCCAUAGUUGGUGGUUCGCACACUCCCAAGAUACACAGCAGUAAACACAACAUUUACUGGUAUUUCCGUGAAAACGUUUUGACAUUCGACGUCUUUCACGUUCUUCAGGGCCAACAAAGGAAGGAGAUGAUUUGGUGAUGACAUGAUUGACAGUUCAGAAUUUCCCUUUAGUUAUGGAAGAGUUUUUGCAUUAUUCCAACCAAUGAACAAGUAUUUCCUUUAAUAGACUUGACAAUUGUUACUAGCACAUGGAUGUGUUUUGUUUUUGUUUUAGUAUUUAUUGAUUAAAAUAAUGUUUGUGUUUACYACUCUUAUUAAAUUGAUUUUUUGGUCGAUACAAAUGACUUAAUACAUGUCGUGAGGAUGAUCAUAAGAUCCAUUGUUUCAGUUUUGCAUUGUUUCUGUUUGACCAUCUAAGUUUAAGACCUAUUAUAUUUUAUUCUAUAAAUUUGAUAUUAAUUUAAUUGUUUCAAAAUCCUCUAAUUGUAAAACAAUCUCCGUUAAACAAACUCUGCCAUAAGAUGUUAGGUGAAUGGCUCAAAGCUAAAUAGCUUUAAAAAAAGUAGUAAAAAUAGUUAUUGUUCUGUAAUUAAAUUGCAGUGAUUAUUACAAUUAUUAAAACUGACAUAAAACACA